AGAAAUGGCAGAAAACCCUAUAUAAAGUCGCGCAAAUAAAUUGGAGCCUAAAAUUUACUUGAAGUUAAAGCAAAAAUGAUGUUUGAUACAAUGUUUUCAAGAAACCCAUUCGCUUAUUUUGACAACGAAUUCGAAGACUUUAGCCCAUGGACAAGCUGGGGUUACAAUCGUACGCCACCGAGACAACAACAUCACGGACGAUCGGCAUAUCAUAGGAGAAGACAACCAACUUGGACUACUCCAUUUUGGGAGAUUCCCAGUCGAAAUGAAGAAGAAAUGCCUUUAGAGGACCCAGUCGAGGAGAAUUAUUAUACCACUCAACGAAAAGGGGGUAAUGAAAGCCGACACAAGAGUCACGGAUCCCCUAAAAGCACAAACACAAGAGUCAUAACUACACCAAGGCACAACGACUCCGCUGAGGAAAUUACUGGUUCCAAUGACGUGGGAAUAAAACAAGAUGUACAGACAGAAACAGAAGAUCUAGACUCGGGGUUUCCAAUCGACGAGAGAGAAAGAGAGAAGGAGAAUAUAACAGAGGAAAAAGAAAAACAGCUUGAGACGACAGCUUCAGCUAUGGAAGGCAUUGACAAGAUGGAAGAACAAAAUACAAGUGAAGACAAAUUGGAAGAAUGUGAAACCGUCGAACAAGGCUCUGAUGGCGAGAAAAUCAAUGAGACUGAAGAAAAAAUAAAUAAAGAAUUCAAAGAAAAAAUGAUCGAAGAGCAACCAAGCGAAGAUGAAAAUCAAGACGACAAAAUGGAAAACCCAGAGGAAAACUACACGAAGGAAAAGUUGAAAUUAAUAGACGAACAACUAAAAAGGGCAAGAGAACUCGCUCCAAAAGAAGUGCUUAUGUCACCAAUGACUGAUAAACAAAAACUCUAUUUAACAGAAAUGCUACUUCGUUGUAUCCUAGACUUAGACUCUAUAGAGACUAGAGGUAUUGAGGCUGUGAAACAACGGCGUAGGGAAGUAGUGAUAGAAAUACRAUCUUAUUUAGACAUUGUUGAAAAUGAAACUGAUAUCGCCCCUGAAAGUUAGAAAACAAACUCACUAGUUAUUAUAAGUAUGUUAAAUAUUGUUAUAUGUUGUAUAUAUUGAAAUUUUCAAUAAAAAUUAUAAUUUAAUCAGU